AUGAAAAUGUUACGCGUGUUAACACUUAUUAUUAUCGGAAUAUUAUUAAUCGUAUUAUGGAUUACUUCGUUACGCUAUUCCAUUGAAAAUGCUAACAAUCAUUUCCGAUCAUUCAAUCAACAAAUACAAAAUAGAAAUCUUAUCAAUGCAACAACAAAAGCAAAUAUUGACGAAUUAUUAUUGGAAAGAGUUGAAGCAAUUAAACGAAAGCCUCCUUUGCUACCAGCCUAUGUUUUGGAGGAUGAAAUAUGUAAACAAUUACUAACAAACUACAAAUAUUUAAAAAUUCCGCAAAUGAGCAAAUAUGUAGUAGCUGUAAAUAAAAAUAGUGAUGAAUAUCGCGAUACUUCCUGUAAUGCUAUCCGACAACGAGCUUUUUAUUCUUCAGUGCCAUUUUCAAAUGUUGAAAAAAACUUUCCAAUUGCAUUUAUCAGGAUUGUUUAUAAGGAUUUUCAUUUGCAAGAACUUUUGCUCAAUUUAAUGUAUGCGCCACAAAAUUUGUAUUGCUAUGCAUUAGAUGCCAAAUCUACAGCACUAUUUCAUGCGCAAAUGCGCAAUUUAUCAAAAUGUUUCCCGAAUGUAUUAUUAGCGCCACGUGAAUAUAUGGUUGAUAGUGCUGGACAUAAUACUUCACGUAGUUUUCUGGAAUGUUUACGUGUAAUACGAAAAUUACCUGGGUGGAAAUAUGCUAUCUUAUUACAGAAUAAUGAUAUCCCAUUGAAAAGUAAUCGUGAGAUGGUAGAAAUUUUAAUCGCUCUAAAUGGUAGUAAUGAUAUCAAUGUUGGAUGUCCGAACGUAGAUCGUGUACCCAAUGAUGCUCCUUGGACAUUUCGAACACUUACACUCUUUAAUGAUCAUAAGCAAAAUGAUGAUCGUAAAUUACGAAUAGCAAAAGGUAGUACGUCGGCAUCAUUGAGUUAUGCAUUUGUGAAAUUUGUUGUUGAUCAAUUGAAUUUAACAAUUUUGCUUGAUAAAUUCGAUCGUUUAAGUUAUGGAAUGGAUGAAAUGCUAUUUUCAUCAUUGAAUUCCGAAGAUUCUUUAGGUGCACCAGGUGGAUUUACACGACAGUGUAUUAAUGUUUAUAAUAAUAUGAUCACCAGAUAUGUGGUAUGGAAAAAGUCCACAAAACAAUGUCGAAGUGGUUACUAUCGACAUAACAUUUGUAUCUUCGGUAUUGCGGAUUUACCUACAAUGAAUAUUUCUGGAGCUUUAUUUGCUAAUAAAAUGCUUCCGGAAUAUGAUUAUACAGCAAUCGGUUGUUGGGCUCAAGCUCUUUAUUAUCGAAUUUAUUCUCAUACUAAAAUUAAACCUGCUAAACUUAAUAAUUAUGCUAAUCGUUUGCCAGUUCGGUUUCAUAAUGAACGUGAAAGAUGGAAAUCCAAUUUAUCAGCUUUUAAUUGUUCCUAA